CUCAAAUCUCUAAACACAAAAAAAAACAACACAACAGGUGUCUCAACCAAACAAAUGGAGUCAACUCCUUUGAUGCAUUUAAGUUUUUCAUUUUCGUUCGGUUUCGGUUUCGGUUCCUUUUUCGUUUUAAUUUCAAUAUUUUGGUUCUGCUUAUCGCUCGUCAACAACGCGUCCAGUCACAAAAAUGUUGCUGACAAUGAGGCGACAGAAUGAAGUGAUAAGCAGCCAGCAGCAUUCCACAGCAGUGACGACCACAAGCACAGCCACGCCCUCGCCGCCAGCAGCAGCAGCAGCGCCAACAGCUACACAGCCUGCAUCGGGUUUGGAACUAGUGCCGACUACUCCGACCACUCCACAGGAUUCGCUUAAUACGCCAACAACCCCGCUGAGCCGCAAUCCAUUGCAAUUUGCCGCACCGCCCGUACCACCACCCAUUGCAGUGCCCGGCGUAACCGCAGCAGCUCCUGCUUUUGGCUACUACAAUAGCAACAACGUUGGAGUAGCCGCUGCGCCGGCAACAGCCAGCUACCUGCAUCAGCCGUCCACUGCUGACAAGGAUUCAGCCGCCCAUUCCGUGGAACUCGACGAGUACGUGGAUAUUUUGCAGGUGCAACAGUUGCUAUUGGACUCAUCAGCGGCUGCCGCAGCGGCCGCAAACCAAAACGUUUCUAAUACCUAUCAGGAACAACAACAACAACAUCAGCAGCAGCAACAGCAGCAGCAGCAACUGCAGUCACUCGCCAAGCCGCGACCGCGCAUCAAUCUACAGAAGGCAUCGGAUUAUGCCGCCCAAUUAGCGCAGGCAGCUGAGACAUCCUCGACUGCCUCGCGUCGCGUUCUGCUCGACUAUCCGAAUCCCUAUUUGUACGGCAACCAUUAUCAUCACACGCCGCCAAGCGAGGACCUCGUGGCCCUUUGGUUUGGCAGCAAUGGAGCAGGCGGCGUUGCCCCUGGAACUCCAUCAGCGGCCAUGAUCAUGGAAGGGCUUGAAACCCUGGUGGCGCCAACGCAUCACGCAUUCCUGCUCACCGAAACGGCCGCUGCGGCCCAUUUCAAUGUGCUGAGCUUUGACACGUGCCUGUUUAAGACCAGCACGGCGCAGAGCAGCAGCCCCUCGGCAGCCAGUUACCUGAGCGCCGCACAGUUUGGCGGUGGCAGCGCCUUAGGCGCCGCCAGCAGCAGCUCAACUGUUGCCAGCAGCAGCGGACAAACGUUGCUACACUACACGACAGCGGCCAGUCACAACCACAACAACAACAACAGCAACAACAAUAGCAACAACAACAACUCGGUGCUGCGAGCACGCAAUCAGACAGCCACACCCACACAGGGCGGCAGUCCAGGCAACGUGGCAGCGCAGCCAAUUGCCGGCAGCGCAGCAGCCGCCAGCAGCGGACGCAGCUCGGCUUCACAUCUCAGCCUGCUGAACACCAGCCAACAGAGUCCCGUAACGGCCACAGAGCACGGCGUCGCCGUUGAGGCCAAGCAGCUGAUUGAGGCCUUGCCCGGCGAUCUUAACACGCCGGUAACCACCUCCAGCGAUAUACCCUCAUUCUUUGGGCCAUCCACAGUGGUGGAACCACCGCCAAUUACUGGCUCAAUUGAAUCCGAGGAUCUGUCGCUGGAGCCUCAGGUUGUGUCGGUUGCCAGUCCUGUGUUGUCCUCGUGCAGCCCAUUAAAGGAGGAGCGCAGCACGCCGCCCGCGUUGUCCAUUGUCAAGGAAGAAUCAAGCAACGCUAACAACAAUACAAUGAGCGCCGCACAGCAACUACAGCAGCAACAGCAGCAGCAGCAACAACAACAGCAGCAGCAACAACUGGCAUCCCCACAGCUGAGCGUGUUGCCCGGCCAAAUGUCGCCACCGUCAAAUAGCUUGGGCAACAGCUGGGGCCUGCCCAGUCCGGACAAGUCGCUCUUCCAGCCGCCCAUGUUCAGCCUGCCCGCCCACUACGCCGUGCAACAGCAGCAGCAGCAACAACAGCAAACAGCCGCGGCCACGCCCUCGCCCUACGAUGAUGGACGCGCUGCAGUGGCUGCCGCCCAGCAUGCCGAGCUUCUGGGUCUCAGCAUGGACUGCACGCCGCUGCUGCUCAAGCAGCCGCCGCCAACCUACAGUGGUGCUACAGUAUCAACCGCCGGUUUUGCCAGCCUUGCCGAUCUGCAGAACAGCCAUGAGCAGCUGCAGCAGCAGCAACAACAGUAUGCCGUACGCUCACAGCUAUCCGUGGGCACGCCCAAAUAUCAGUGGCUGGAUACGCCUGCCGACUAUGCAGCGGCCGCCGCCGUUGUCCAGCAACAGCAGCAACAGCAACAACAGCAGCAGCAACAGCAGACGCUUGUAAUGCCUGGGCCAACAUCCUCAGCCAGCUCGAGCAACGCAGCGCUGGGCGUGCUCAUACCCAAACAGGAGAGCUAUCCGGACAUGCAGCCCAGCUCAAAUGGCACCGGCUACUCUAGCGCCUCGGCUGCUGCUGCCGCUGCAGCUGCUGCUGCCGUGCAGCUGGCCGAAUACAGUCCAUCCACCAGCAAGGGACACGAGAUACUCUCGCAGGUGUACCAGCAAAGCAGCGUGCCGCUCAAGCUGGUGCCCGUCAAGCCCCGCAAAUAUCCGAAUCGGCCCAGCAAGACGCCCGUGCACGAGCGUCCCUAUGCGUGCCCAGUGGAGAACUGCGACAGGCGUUUCUCGCGAUCCGAUGAGCUCACCCGCCACAUACGCAUACACACCGGCCAGAAGCCAUUCCAGUGUCGCAUCUGCAUGCGCAGCUUCAGUCGCAGCGAUCACCUGACCACCCACAUACGCACUCACACCGGCGAGAAGCCCUUCAGCUGUGACAUCUGCGGCAGGAAGUUCGCGCGCUCCGACGAGAAGAAGCGUCAUGCCAAGGUGCAUCUAAAGCAGCGCAUCAAGAAGGAGUCCAAGCUGAAUCGAGAACAGCACCAGCAGCAGCAACAACAGCAGCAACAAGCCGCGGCCGCUGCCGCCGCAGCAGCAGCCGCCGCACAGCAACAGCAAUUGCAACAGCAGCAGCAACAUCAGCAACAACAACAUCAGCAACAGCAACAUCAGCAGUAUCAGCAUCAUCAUCUGCUGCAUGCCGCCGAUUUGGCCAUCGUGACGUCCAGUGCGACCAGCAUGUAGACCGCAGCGAACUCAACGUCUUCGAUUGAU